GUGGGUUCUUUAUUGGGAUUCGGUAUUGGCGUGAAAACAACACUGAUAGGAGUGAACCGCAUCCACUUCCUCAGUUGUUACAGUUUUCAGAGUUUGUGUUUCGGCUUCUUUUUUGUGCUUUCCCGCCUGUCUCAGCUCUAGCCGAGGCAUUUUGUCCUGAGCCGGCUCCCACCUCUUUAACUCCUCAGUGUCACCGGAACCAUGGCCGAGUAUUCCUAUGUGAAGUCCACCAAACUCGUGCUCAAGGGAACCAAGGCCAAGAGUAAGAAGAAAAAGAGCAAGGAUAAAAAGAGAAAAAGAGAAGAGGAUGAAGAAACACAACUUGAUGUUGUUGGAAUCUGGUGGAAAGUUACAAACUUUGGUGAAAUUUCAGGAACCAUAGCAAUUGAAAUGGAUAAAGGCACCUACAUUCAUGCACUUGACAAUGGACUUUUUACACUGGGAGCCCCACAUAAAGAAGUUGAUGAAGGCCCUAGUCCCCCAGAGCAGUUUACAGCUGUCAAAUUGUCUGAUUCCAGAAUUGCUCUGAAAUCUGGUUAUGGAAAGUACCUCGGUAUUAAUUCAGAUGGGCUUGUCAUUGGACGUUCAGAUGCAAUCGGACCAAGAGAACAGUGGGAACCAGUCUUUCAAGAUGGGAAAAUGGCUUUACUGGCCUCCAAUAGCUGCUUUAUUAGAUGCAAUGAAGCAGGAGAUAUUGAAGCAAAAAAUAAAACAGCAGGAGAAGAGGAAAUGAUAAAGAUUAGAUCGUGUGCUGAAAGAGAAACCAAGAAAAAAGAUGACCUUCCUGAAGAAGACAAAGGAAACGUUAAACAGUGUGAAAUCAAUUAUGUAAAGAAAUUUCAGAGCUUCCAAGACCACAAACUUAAAAUAAGUAAAGAAGACAGUAAAGUUCUUAAAAAGGCCCGGAAAGAUGGAUUUUUGCAUGAAACACUUCUGGACAGGAGAGCCAAAUUGAAAGCUGAUAGAUACUGCAAAUGACCAGGAUUUUUGUUACUAAUUCUCCUUUUGUUUUUUCUGAAUAAAAUAACCAGUGGAAGUGA